CAUUCUCACACGUGAAGGUCAGCAAAACAGCCAUAAGGCAUUCAUAAUUACAAAAAUAUUGCUCGUACGACCUCUCUUUAGCAAAAUAUGGACGGCCAGGGAGCGACAGCCGACCCUCAGCUUCAGCAUUUCAUCGAAAUCGAGUCUCAGAAACAAAGAUUUCAGCAGCUGGUUCAUCAAAUGACUGAGGUUUGCUGGGAGAAAUGUAUGGAUAAACCCGGGCCAAAGCUGGACUCAAGGACAGAAAUGUGCUUCGUUAACUGUGUGGAGCGAUUUAUUGACACUAGCCAGUUCAUCCUAAACAGACUGGAACAGACUCAGAGGAGCCGGGGCUCACUCUCUGAGACCAUGUCAGAGUAAAAACUGUCACUAAAAGGACUGACAAGACACGCGGCCCUUGCUCUGUGACAAGGCCACUUGGUCCUGACACAGCUGUCUGAAUGUUGCAGAACUGUCUGAUCAACUGGAAGAAGGAACAAGAUGAAGUGUUACUUGUGUUACAAGUGCCUGAGAUUAACACAAUGUAUGAACUCAUGCAGAAGUCUAGGGUUUUAUUUGUCCUCCACUUAGCGGGAUAUGAGUAUUGCAAAACACUUAUUUGUGCUCUGUUGCUAGCAGUGCCCUUAGAUUGGUUUUGUCAAGUGAUUGAAUUCAAGCCAUUAUGCUGGUCAGGCUGUGAGCUUGAAUUUGUUAAUAUCCACUGCUGUAACUAGUGGGCUAAGUGUGGGAGGAUGCAGAAAGACGGACACAUCUGGGACAUUCAACUUGCCAACUGUUUUUGACAGCCACAAGGACUUCACCUCACACACUGCUGUAAUUUAAGAGAACUAACAAUGUCUUGACUUAAGAGGCGUGAUCAACAGCUAAAGGUUGUAGACUGCACAUAUGCAAUAAACAAAAUGCCAAAUACUUUGUUUGGAAAAGUGAAGUCAAGUAUUGUUGUUAUAGUUAUGUUUUAAUCAGCAUUAUCAAACACAUAAAGGUAUAGUUACAUCAGAGAUGCAUUACAGCUUGGCAAAUGAUGGGAAUUAAUUCAUACAUGGAAAAACAUUCUUUGGUGCAAUUUGUAUGAGGUAUUAACAGUAACUCAUCACAGGAAUUAUUCAAAGUUGUUCAGAAACAACAGAUGAUUGAAUGCAUUUAGGGCAAAUAAAGUUUUUGCCACCGUCAUAAAUCAAUUCAUACAUUUGUACAACACUGAACAGGUUAUCAUUUUCAGUAAAAAGGCACAGUCUGGCUUAUGCAGGCUAAUAUUAAAUCUUCAAUGAAUUUAACUUAACAUAAAAAAAAGACAGCAGUGCAACAGACAUUCACAUGUAUAUACAUGAUAUACUACCAACCAAAGGAAAAAGGUGUGGAUGUACCAUCGUGUAUGACUAAGAACAUACAUUUUAUAUGGAUUCCAGUGUGUUGACAGCAAAAUUGUGCUCAUUUUAAGGCAACUUUGUUCAUUCAGUGCAUACUGCAUUGUGUAAGACAGACUUGAAAUUCAGAUUUAGUAAACUUGUCAUACUGUAAAGCUAUGAUGUGCAUUAAAGCUUCAGAAUUGCAA